AUGUGUGCAGAAGACGUUGAGAAGCUUGUCAAUGACCGACUUCGAGACUUGAAGACUGGCGGGAACCUCGAGGAUGCACUACGUAAGGAGAUGGACCAGGCGAUCUCUACUCAUUUCACCCCUGAAAUCGAGCAGGUUGCUCCCCAGAAGCGAUUCUCAACGCCUUCGUUUACACAUUUCAAAAAGGAUUCCGAUCCCAAGAGCCACCUAAAACACUUAAAAAAUGUCAUGAUCCUCCACAAGGCUGACGACGCACUUAUGUGCAAGGUGUUUGCAAUGACUUUGCGAGGAGCAGCUCAGGACUGGUUCCACACCCUGUCAUCCGAGUCGAUCAACAGCUUCAAGGAGCUUGCUUAUGUCUUCACUAAAGAAUACACUUCUUAUCGGACGAUCAAAAAGAACCCUGAUCAUCUGUUCAACCAGCGCAAGAAGCCCGACGAAUCCAUUCGAGAUUACAUCAAGAGAUUCAAAGCAGAAAAGACCAACAUUGUAGGAUGUGACGGCCAGAUAGCGUCAGUUGCCUUCAAGAAAGGUAUUCCGGCUGAACAUGACUGGUACCGCGAAGAAGUAUAA